AUGAACGCGAAAAGAGACUGCGUGGAAUGCGACCAAGACUGCACGAAGGGCGAUCUGUUCAAUGGCGAUGUGCGCGAGUUUCUCACCCUCGAAGACCUCAACUUCGAAGACCUCAAGCUCGAGGACUACACAUCGUUCUUCCCAGGUACCUCACCUUCCACCAGCCCGCUCCCGCUGCCCCCCUCAAGCCAAACGAUCUCUGCGAGACAGCUCCGAGACGAAGUCCUGUAUACACUCCAAAACUGUCCGACCCUCGACGAGCCCAAUCGACAAUCACUGAGGUGGACUUCAAAGCGAUCUACCGCAACCGAACCCGCCUACGAAUCACCUUCUCUGUUCGUCAUCCCAUCCUCAGUCGGCAUCUUCCAGCUGCGUCCCGCUUGGCAAACGGAAACCGAUUUUCGCGGAGCGGCUCGCAGCGGUUAUGGCACACGAUACCAGAUCAUCGCGCCAAAGCAGUGGCCUGUCACCAAUUCCAGCCUCGCAUCUCGGCCUCUGGACACAUUGCCUUUGAUCCGGUACGGAGAAACUUGGGGGAAUGUCGACACAGCCGACAUCCCUCUGGAAGACGGUGUGGUCUGGGUAGAUCAAGGCGGAUUGCCAUACGGGCUGACGGUGCUGGAAGAUACCAAACUCGGACUUUCUCGGGGCGAUCAGUACCACCUCCACCCCGUGGAUUGGGCGGCUUACGAGGUACUGGGCGCACCGCCGGAUCUUGGGGAAGGUAUCGGGGAGCUUGUGGGUCAGAUCUUCUUGGACAGGAGCAAUGAGAGCGCUGUGACUGUUGCUGAGAGCGGUGGGGAGACGAUACAGGGAGAGGGGAAGCUUCUGCUUCAUACACACGCCCGGCCUCCUGCGCCGUUCUUCUCGGUUUCAUCCGCAGCGUGGAGCCUUGGCGAUGUUUAUAUGUUCGAUUUAUAG